AUGAACAGUAAAAUUCGAAAAUCUCUCCAAAAACUCAACUUUUCUCCUCUACAGCAUCUGAACUCGAAAAUUCUCCAAAGAGAAGACGGCUGCACUCUGGAUUCGUCCUCGAAUCCCAACGCAAACGUCACAAAGACCACAAAACCCACCUCGCAAGGCCGCAACACCGGAGAUCCUCACUUGAUCCCCGAGACAAACGUCAUAUCUUAUGUCAUAAACACGUUCCAAGAAAAUUUCACUCCUAACUCAUCAUCCAAACACACUUGUACUGAGGCCCACUUGCACCCAGACAAGUCCACACCGGUCCGCACUGAGGCCCACUUGCACCCAGACGAACCCGAAAACGUCCAUACUGAGGCCCACUUGCACCCAGAUGAACUAAACUGCUUAUACUGA